UAUGAAAGUUCACAGCAAGAUGAAUUCAGGAGUCAUCGCCCUGCUGUUGCUCCUGUCUCUGGCAUUAGCCAAUUGUGGUAAUGUGCUGCUGUUCCCUCAGGAGACUGACACGGCCUAUGUGCAGCUCACCCCAAAGAAACCUCUGAAUUUACAGGCCUUCACUCUUUGCAUGCGUGUUGCCUCUGAACUCACUAACAACCGUGAGACCAUCCUGUUCGCUUACCGUACUAGUCAAGCUGACGAGCUCAACGUGUGGCAGGAGAAAGGAUACUUGCUUUACCUGAGAAGCAGUGGUGAGGGUGUUAUGUUUAAACUACCGCCACUGUCUGUUGUCCCCAUUCACCUGUGUGUCACCUGGGAGUCGAGAACCGGAGCCACCGCGUUUUGGGUGAACGCACGACGCACCAUGCUGAAAAUCUACAGACGUGGGUUUAGUGUAAGUAUUGGUGGAGCUAUUAUACUUGGACAGGAUCCUGACUUGUAUCUGGGCAGCUUUGACAAAGGUCAGAGCUUUGUGGGUGAAAUUACAGACGUACACAUGUGGGACAGUGUCCUGGGUGGAGGUCAGAUUAAGCAGCUGUAUGAGGAUCAGUGUCAGGCUCCCAGGGGAAAUGUCCUGGACUGGAAUUCUCUCCAGUAUAAAAUCAAUGGGAAUGUUGUUCAGGUGACUGGGCCAGAAGCCUAGCUUUAAAAGUCACUUUGUCUGAUAUCUGCUUCUACUUUUCUCUUUGUUUAUUUCCAUUUCCAAUCAUAUAUGUAAUUAUUAAUACUGACGAAUCAAUGUCUGUAAUUAUUUUUAGAAUAAUAUUCAUUAUC